AAAUUGGAUAGAACAAUGACGAGGCAAGUACUGCUGUUGAUUAUCUGUCUCCUCUUCGUCGGCACAGUGCUCGGGCAGGUCAGCUACUCUAUUCCGGAAGAAAUGUCCAGAGGAUCUUUGGUGGGAAAUAUAGCUCAUGAUUUAGGUUUGCAAACCAAACGUUUAGCGUCUGGUAAAGCUCGAAUUUACACCCGAGAUAGCGAUGAGUACAUCGAGCUGAAUAGAGAAAGAGGAGUCCUCCUUGUUAAAGAGAGAAUCGACAGAGAGGCGCUUUGCAGACAGACGACGCCGUGUGCGUUACAUUUUCAGAUAAUACUGGAGAAUCCUAUGGAACUUUACACGGUUACAGUCCAGAUCACAGAUAUUAAUGAUAAUGCACCAACCUUUGAAAAAAGUGAAAUGAAAUUCAAGAUUGCCGAGUCAGCGACCAUCGGUGCAAAAUUUGUACUGGAAAGAGCUGUGGAUCUAGAUGUUGGAAUAAACGAUCUUAAAAGCUACGAAUUAAAACCAACAGACAAUUUUGCUCUUAAAUUGCACAAUAAUGCUGAUGGAAAUAAAAAUGUUGAGAUGGUGUUACAGACACCUUUAGACAGAGAGAAACAAGAGCAGAUAUCUCUGGUGUUAACGGCUGUAGAUGGAGGAGAGCCGCAGAUGUCAGGAACAAUGCUGAUUCGUAUUACAGUUUUAGACGCUAAUGAUAAUGCUCCUGUUUUUACACAACACACAUAUACAGCUACAGUUACUGAGAAUUCACCUAAAGGCACAGUUGUAGCCACUGUUACAGCCUCAGAUGCAGAUCAGGGCUCUAAUGGUAAAAUAACAUACUCGAUCACGAAUACAUUAGACGACAUCAGGAAAGUAUUUCAGGUAAAUAAGGAUAAUGGUGAUGUAACUUUAAUCGGAAAUAUUGACUUUGAAGAGUCACGAAACUAUCAAAUAAAUCUGCUUGCUAGUGAUGAAGGCGGACUCACGGAUUCUUGUAAAUUAAUUGUCGAUGUACGAGACAUAAAUGACAACAAGCCUGAAAUCAACAUCCUGUCAAAAUCAAAAAUGAUAUCAGAGGAUGCUAAACUCAACACAGUCGUUACCAUGAUAAACAUUGAAGACCUAGAUUCAGGACAAAAUGGGAAAGUGCAAUGCAUUAUCAGUGAAAAUGUCCCUUUUAUUUUAAAAAUGUCGACUGGAAAUUUCUAUAGUUUAGUAACAGACAGUGAUUUGGACAGAGAGAGAUCCUCUGAGUAUAAUAUAACUGUUACCUGCUCUGAUGAGGGAGUGUCCUCCCUCUCCAGUAGCAUCACUCUCACCUUACAGAUCUCUGAUGUGAAUGAUAACGCGCCUGUCUUUGAGAGGAGCUCAUAUGAGGCCUACAUUGUAGAAAACAACACACCAGGCCUCUCUAUAUUCACAGUGAAAGCCAGAGAUGCUGACUGGAACCAGAAUGCCCGUGUUUCUUACAUACUGGAGGACUCCACUGUUAACGGAGUGCCAGUCUCCUCAUAUGUUUCCGUUAGUGCUGAUAGUGGAGUCAUCCAUGCAGUUCGCUCUUUUGACUACGAGCAGAUCAAAGAUUUCCAGUUCCGUGUCAAAGCGCAAGAUGGAGGCUCCCCUCCACUCAGUAGUAAUGUGACUGUGGAAAUAAUGAUCCAGGACCAGAACGACAACCCCCCUCAGGUUCUGUACCCAGUCCAGACUGGUGGCUCUCUGGUGGCUGAAAUGGUUCCUCGUUCAGCAGAUGUGGGCUAUCUUGUCACUAAAGUGGUGGCUGUGGAUGUGGACUCUGGACAGAAUGCCUGGCUCUCCUAUAAACUGCAGAAAGCCACAGACAGGGCGCUGUUUGAAGUGGGCUUACAGAAUGGAGAAAUAAGAACUAUCCGCCAGGUGACUGAUAAAGAUGCUGUGAAACAAAGACUGACUGUUAUAGUGGAUGACAACGGUCAGCCCUCUCGCUCAGCUACAGUCAUUGUUAACGUGGCGGUGGCGGACAGCUUCCCUGAAGUGCUGUCAGAGUUCACUGACUUUACACAAGACAAGGAGUACAAUAACAACCUGACUUUUUACUUAGUGUUGGCUCUGGCUGUAGUUUCCUUCCUUUUCAUCACGUGUUUAGUAGUUAUUAUAUCAGUGAAAAUCUACAGAUGGAGACAGUCUCGCAUCCUGUAUCACUCCAAUCUGCCUGUGAUUCCAUAUUAUCCACCACGUUACUCAGACACUUUGGGGACAGGGACCCUCCAACAGGUGUACAAUUAUGAAGUGUGCAGGACGACUGACUCCAGAAAGAGUGACUGUAAGUUCGGCAUAGGUGGUAGUCAAAACGUGCUGAUAAUGGACCCCAGUUCUACAGGGACGAUGCUGCGGAUACAGAGUGAAAAGAGCAUCCUGGAUGAACCAGACUCUCCUUUAGAGGUUGGUCAAUUCCUUACAAAACAGUCAUCUAAUUUAUGUAUUGUUGCAAUUUAA